AUGUCCAUGCGACUCAACAUUCCUUCGGCCACUCGUGCCGUUCUGAUCGCCCUCUUAACCCUAUCGCUCCUCUACAACAUCGCCAGAUGGCGCCAACUCGACACCACUGCUGGCAGUGUCCAAACGAGUCCCAUCAUCCCCUAUCUGACCCUGGUUCCCUCGCUCUUCUACCAAUAUCCUUGGACUCUUCUUACUGCGACUUUUGUGGAGCAGAAUAUCUUUACAGUUUUGCUCAAUGCAGCCACCAUCUUCUAUGGGGGCAAGUACCUCGAGCGCGCAUGGGGCUCGCGUGAAUUCAGCAAAUUCAUCUUGGCAGUUGCCGUGAUACCCAAUGUGAUGAUCGUUCCAUUCUAUCUGACCUGGGCCGCUCUGACUGGGUCUUCAACCAGGGGUCUCACUCAGAUCUGUGGCGGUGUUGCCAUUCAAGGCUCAUUUCUUGUCGCUUUCAAGCAACUUGUGCCCGAGCAUACCGUCACCGUCUUCAAGGGACUGAUCAAAAUGCGCGUCAAGCAUUUCCCCGCACUAUUCCUCCUUCUCAACACCCUGAGUGGAUUCAUCAUUGGGACCGACACCGCUGCAGUACUGGCCUGGUUCGGUCUCUUGACUAGCUGGACGUACUUACGGUUCUAUAAAAGACAGCCCGAUCUCACCGGGACUUCCACCAAUGGGCAGGGUAUCAAAGGCGACGCCAGCGAGACAUUUGCCUUUGCCUGUCUGUUUCCCGAUGUGAUGCAGCCCCCAAUUGCAUUCGUGGCGGACAAAAUAUAUACCUCACUGGUAUCUCUGAAGAUCAUCACCCCAUUCUCGGAGGAUGAGAUCGCCUCCGGAAACCAGCAAGUUCUCGCGCGCGGCGAGGCGGGCCUCCCCACGCUCCUCAGCAAUCAACGCGCGGCUGGGCGGGGCUCUGGCAAGCGCGAGGAGGCCGAGCGAAGACGGGCGUUGGCCUUGAAGGCGUUGGAUCAACGACUACAGGCAGCAGCUGGUGGGCGCGCUCAAGCCGGGCCCUCUUCGCAAGGUGAAAGCGCUUCACAUCGAUCAGGUACCCCAACCUCGUCUGCGCCCAGUGGGCACAACGUUCUCGGGGGUACUAAUUACAACCCUGACCAUGCGUGA